GGCACUUCCGGGUGCCGUCAAGCGGUGGUCCCCGCGCUUCCCAGCCAGCCUUAGCUUUGUGCUGUCUGAGGCUCGACGGGAAUCCUUGUAGGCCUGUGCCAUGGCUUCUCGGUACGAUAGGGCAAUCACUGUAUUUUCCCCAGACGGACACCUUUUCCAAGUGGAAUAUGCUCAGGAAGCGGUGAAGAAGGGAUCCACAGUGGUUGGAAUUCGAGGAACCAAUAUAGUUGUGCUUGGGGUAGAAAAAAAAUCUGUUGCCAAGCUUCAAGAUGAAAGAACUGUGAGGAAAAUUUGUGCUCUUGAUGACCACGUUUGCAUGGCUUUUGCAGGACUGACUGCUGAUGCUAGAGUCAUAAUAAACAGAGCCCAGGUGGAGUGUCAGAGCCAUAAGCUUACAGUUGAGGAUUCAGUCACCAUAGAAUACAUAACUCGCUUCAUAGCAACUUUAAAGCAGAAAUACACCCAGAGCAACGGACGAAGACCUUUUGGUAUUUCUGCCUUAAUUGUAGGUUUUGAUGAUGAUGGUAUCCCAAGAUUAUAUCAGACAGAUCCCUCUGGUACUUAUCAUGCUUGGAAAGCAAAUGCAAUAGGCCGAAGUGCUAAAACUGUUCGAGAAUUUCUAGAAAAGAAUUACUCCGAAGAUGCUGUAUCAAAUGACAGUGAAGCUAUCAAAUUAGCAAUAAGAGCAUUACUAGAAGUUGUCCAGUCUGGAGGAAAGAACAUUGAACUAGCUAUAAUAAGAAGAAACCAACCUUUGAAGAUGUUUAGUGCCAAAGAAAUUAAAUUACAAGUAACUGAAUUAGAAAAGGAAAAGGAAGAAGCAGAGAAGAAAAAAUCAAAGAAGACUGUCUAAUUCUUAGGAUGAACACUGGGAGCUUUUCAGUAGUUUUGUUAUACUACUUGGAAUUACUGGGGUUUUAGAUGAAAUAAGUUUUCAGUGUCAUGUUUAGUAUUUGUAUGUGCUGCUUUGAAAAUGCCAGAUAGGUGGCCAUCUUUAUAGUCUAUUACCCAGUCAGACAUGGGUUAAUGUGAAAAUUUUCUUUAAAAGGAGAUUCCAGUAAUUGUUGAAAGUAGUCCUAAUUCUACAUAAGCCUGAAGCUGUAUAACUUUUCGAGUGUAUUGCUUUUCUUCAUAUAACCAAAUUUGAUUAAGAGAAAAUUUCUAAUUUAAAAAAUCAGUAAUUUAGUGAAGUUUGAAUAUUCACUGUCAGUUAAAAAGCUCUUUCAAAAUAUAUUAAAUUUAACACUGAAUUGCUUUUGUUAAAUGCAUGAAAAAGCAUCCCUAUGUUGAUAAACUGUCAAAAUUUUGUCAAAUUUCAUUUUAAAUAUUUUGGAGUUUUUAAAAACUCUUUUUAUUUUAUAAGUUGCAAUGUACUAUCUUGUUCAUGGGAUAUUAAAGUCCAAAUCCAAAUGGGCAGGUAAAAUGUAAUAAGAGUUUAAGGGCAUUCUAAUAGGAUGCUAGUUUGAAAUAGGAAAUUAAUACCAGUAAUUUUUUUUUUUUUUUUUGGGGGUACCAAGGAUUGAACUCGGGUCCUUGUGCUUGCAAGGCAAGCAAUGGAACCACUGAGCUAAAUCCCUAGCCCUAUAUCAGUAAUUUUUAGUUUAGAUUUUAUUUCAUCUCAAGUUUGUUCAGUAUGUUAGGUUUGUUACAUGUUUUUCUGUCAAAUGCUUGAGUGCUUAUGUUAUGCUUGCCAUUAUGCUGGGCAUAUUAGGAGGAACAAGACAAGUAUAUAAAGUGAUUCCUGCCCACAGACAGGGUUGGUCUAAAUGGCCCACAAAAACCAUGUGCUUAAUGCCUGUAGUGAGUUAUGUAUUUGAAAACAAAGGAUAUUAACAGGCACAAAAACAUAAGCACAUAUACCAUAGUAUUUCAGAGUUUGUUUUCUGUUUUUGUUUUUGUUUUUGUUUCUUUUUAUGUACUGUGUUGAAAAUAGGAAAGAGUCAAGUUGAGUUUUUGGUGAGGAAUGAAAAGCUCAGGACUGAGCCCAGGGCCUUCACACCGGGGCCUGCCCCAGCCUUUUGUUUUGUUUUGUUUUGUUUUGUUUUGUUUAAUGAGACGGGGCCUCACGGAACUGCCCAGGCUGCGAUCAGGUGUGUCGCGCCCCACCUGAGCCAGCUGGUCUAUUUCAGACAAAUCAGAUCAAGGUGGUAAAGAAAAGCAUGGGUCAGCAGGUCUCAGAAGACCUGAGCCACGGAUGGUCCCACUACUCUAAUGCCAGGCCAAAGAAAAGGGUAGGUUCAGAAUUUUAAGAAAUAUAAUGGCCUUAUAAGGCUGCCUCACUGGUGUUCAUCUUGGCUAAAUUUACUGCACUUCCAUUCCCCACAUGUAAGGAUUAUGUGGCAUUUUCUAGGGCUCUAUGUACACUCUGUAUUCCUGACUCUGACUUAUGGCCAGCUGCUUUCCUAGUUUUUUUUUUUUUUCUCCUAGUUUCAUUGGAACCAUGGAAUAUUGUGAGUCCCUGUACACUUCCUUUGUAAAAGUUUAGGAUCAGACUGAAAUAUCCGUAUCCUAAUGCCCUCCUGGCCCUGCUUAACUUUACAGAAGCAAAAGUGCUUCCUAUGUGAAAGAUAUACUACACAAAAUUUAGCGCUUUUGACAAAAAAAAUUUAAUGAUCAAUAAUCAGCUGCCACUAGAGAUAUCCUAAACACAGAUGCAGAAGGCAUGUGUCCUACUGUACUACAAUGAACCCAUUGUGAAACCUCGAUGUCCUUGAAACAUGGCUCAGCAUGUUGCACAAGUACUUCUUUUUUAGCAGUUGUCAUAUUAUAUUAGAAUGAUCUGUUUGAUCUACUUAUUUGACGAUUAUUGAGUGCUUUAAAUGGCAGACACUGUGUUAGAUGCUAAC